GCCCGUGAACACUAACAUUGUAUUGAGGCACGAUGGGAAGAUUACUUGGGAUGCACCACUAUAACAAAAGCUCAUGUGUGGUGGAUGUAUCUUACUUCCCCUUCGAUAGCCAGGAGUGCAACCUAACCUUUGGUUCUUGGAACCUACAAUGGUAAUCAGGUAGAUAUUGUCAAUUCUUUAGACAGCGGCGACCUCUCAGACUUUAUAGAAGACUGGAGUGGGAGAUUCACGGCAUGCCGGCUGUUAGGAAUGUGAUAACCUAUGGCUGCUGCUCAGAGCCUUAUCCAGAUGUUACAUUCACCCUUAUUUGGAAAAGGAAAUCAUCUUUCUAUAUAUUUAACCUGCUGCUUCCUUGUCUGUUGAUAUCUUUUCUGGCUCCACUGGGAUUCUACCUCCCAGCAGACUCUGGAGAAAAAGUGUCUCUGGGGGUCACUGUUCUGCUUGCCCUGACCGUGUUUCAGCUAAUGGUUGCGGAGAGCAUGCCUCCUUCUGAAAAUGUGCCCUUGAUUGGUAAAUAUUACAUUGCUACUAUGACAAUGAUCACAGCAUCCACAGCACUGACUAUCAUUAUAAUGAAUAUCCAUUACUGUGGAUCAGGAGCCAAGCCUGUCCCACAGUGGGCGAGGGUUGUCAUCUUGGACUACAUGUCAAAGAUCUUCUUUGUUUAUGACGUUGGCGAAAACUGCACAAGUUUGCAACGUGUCAAAGAGCGGGACCCAAAGGUGGAAAAGACAAAUAGCGCUUGUCGAAAAGACCAAGGCAGAUACGAAGAGACAAGGAGGCCGCUUGCCAAGAUCCAACACGGUGGCUGCGAGCUCAAAAAGAAGCCCCCAGGUGACGUUUGUGACGGCAGUGGAGUCCCGGGUGAAAAUGCCAGGGAUAUUGUUAGUUGCUGUUCUUGCUACAGAAUCCUGAUCAAGAAUAUUGAAUAUAUCGCUACCUGCGUGAGACGCCACAAAGCCAACCACGCCAAAGGAGUGGAGUGGAAGAAGGUAGCCAAAGUGAUGGACAGAUUUUUCAUGUGGAUCUUUUUCAUCAUGGUGUUUUUCAUGAGCGUUUUGGUCAUUGGCAAAGCACUUUAAGGAGAAAUGCAACCAGGGCCACAUAUUCCUCAAGCGCCCCCAUGUUAUAUUAAAAGAGCUUCACCUGUGAUGAAAGUGGAUGACGUGUCUCCCCCAACCCUAGAACUUCAUUCUUAUCGAGUCUUCUCCAAUUCCACUUGGUGGCAAAGCAUGUGCUUUCAGGAUGAAGGUCUGCAAUCUGAACCACACCUGACUUGGAAAUAAACUGCAUGGUACUUCCUUCCAAGUAAAUGAGUACAGAACAAAAGUGCAUAUGUUUUUAGUUCCCCUACUGUGAUGGACAUUUCCUAAGGGGAAGAAAGGAACUAUAGAAAUCCAGUAUCUCCAAC